GCCCAGCCGGCUCCUCCGGCACUUCGCACCCGCGCAGCCCCCGCUGCAUCCAACUCCGGGGGCGCUGCCCCUCUUUCUCCCCCUCCUUUCCCCAGCCCGCAUCGCGUUCCCUCUGUUCUCCCCCCGCCCCUCCCCGUUCCCCUCCGGUUGGAGCCGCUGGGGAGGUCGGUGUGGCUGGCUGGCUGUGUGUCUGUCCGGCCGGCCGUCGGUCGGUGCUGGGCGCGUGGCUCCUUUGUGUACGGCAGCUGCUCCUGAAUGCGGAGGCAAAGCCUGUGGCUUGGCACCGGGCUCUCCCAAAGCAGCAGCCCUCCUCCCGGCCGCCCCGGCGGACGGGCACCCACCUGGGCUCCGCGCCCGCCACCCCUGCUCCCCGCUCCUCUCCUCUUCUUCCUCCUCCUCCUCCUCCUCUCCCGUUUACCUGCACUUUGCCGCCGCCUCUCCCCCUCGCAGCCCCCUGCCGCCCCCCGUCCGUGCCCGCUGCCGGCGAAGGCACCUGAAGGUGGAUCUAUCAAAGCCCCCGGCGCUCUCUCCAAGUGCACUUCUGGGACCAAAGCACCGGCAUGGAUGUAAGAUUUUACCCGGCUGCGGCGGGCAGCUCGCUUCCCGGAGACCCCUCCAACCUGGACUUUGCCCAGUGCUUGGGUUACUACAGCUACAACAAGAGACAUUCAUUCAUUCUUGAGAAGAAUCCCUUUGUAUGAAGAAAAUGGCCAAGGCCUGUGUUGUCAGCAGUGAAGAAAACAUGACACACUUUGAACUUGGAAUCAGUGCAGAGGGCCUGAAAUCUUCAGCAUCUCAGACAAGCAAUUUGGAAACAAUAACAACUACAUGAACAUGGCAGAGGCAAAUAAUGCAUUUCUUGCUGCAAAUGAGCAGACGUUCCACACACCGAGCCUUGGGGAUGAGGAGUUUGAAAUCCCACCCAUUACGCCCCCACCGGAAUCAGACCCUGCACUAGGGAUGGCAGAUAUACUGCUGCCCUUUCAGGGCCUUGGCGACCAGCUGCCUGCACAAGGAAAUGAAUUUACGCCUCAGUUUCCCCCACAGAGCUUGGAUCUUCCCUCUAUUACGAUAUCCCGAAAUCUUGUGGAGCAAGAUGGCAUCAUCCACAACAAUGGAUUGCAUAUGGAUCAGAGUCACACACAAGUUUCUCAGUACCGCCAAGACCAUUCUUUGAUUAUGAGAUCCAUUGUCCACAUGACGGAUGCUCAUUCAGGAAUUAUGCCUCCCUCUCAGCUUACCACCAUUAACCAGUCUCAGCUAAGCGCACAGCUGGGGCUAAAUUUAGGAGGCACUAACUUGCCACACACUUCUCCCUCCCCUCCUGCAAGUAAAUCAGCCACUCCUUCCCCAUCCAGCUCUAUAAACGAAGAAGAUGCAGAUGAAUCAAAUAGAGCUACUGGAGAAAAAAGAGCUGCCCCAGAUUCUGGCAAGAAGCCCAAGACUCCAAAGAAGAAGAAAAAGAAAGAUCCCAACGAGCCACAAAAGCCAGUGUCAGCAUAUGCCCUUUUCUUCAGAGAUACGCAAGCUGCAAUUAAAGGGCAGAACCCGAAUGCUACGUUUGGAGAGGUUUCAAAAAUAGUGGCAUCAAUGUGGGACAGUUUAGGAGAAGAACAAAAACAGGUUUAUAAAAGAAAAACUGAAGCUGCCAAAAAAGAAUACCUAAAGGCACUUGCAGCCUAUAGAGCAAGCCUUGUUUCCAAGGCUGCUGCAGAGUCUGCUGAGGCCCAGACAAUUCGUUCUGUCCAGCAAACGUUGGCAUCCACAAAUUUGUCUUCCUCCCUUAUUCUGAAUACUUCCCUCUCUCAACAUGCAACAGUAUCGGCAUCUCCUCAAAGUCUUCAACAGUCCCUUCCCAGAGCAAUUGCUCCAAAACCUCUAACCAUGAGACUGCCAAUGAAUCAGAUUGUAGCAUCUGUUACCAUUGCACCAAACAUGCCAACAAACAUUGCAGCUCCAUUGAUAAGCUCUAUGGGAACAAAUAUGGUGGCAACACCAUCUUCAUCUCAAGUAAGUCCCUCAAUGCAAAGCCAGCAGCACCAGAUACAGCAGCUCCAGCAGCAACAGAUGCAGCAGAUGCAGCAACAGCAGCUACAUCAACAUCAAAUGCAUCAGCAAAUACAACAACAAAUGCAACAGCAGCAUUUCCAGCACCACAUGCAACAACAUUUGCAGCAGCAGCAGCAGCAUCUUCAGCAGCAAAUUAAUCAACAGCAAAUGCAACAGCAGCUUCAGCACAUACAGCUUCAGCAAAUGCAGCAGCAGCAAAUGCAGCAUAUGCAACACCAGUCACAGCCUUCUCCUCAGCAGCACUCUCCAGUAGCCUCUCAGAUCACAUCUCCAAUCCCUGCCAUUGGGAGCCCUCAGCCAGCACCUCAGCAGCACCAGUCACAAAUACAAUCCCAGACACAGACUCAAGUAUUAUCACAGGUCAGUAUUUUCUGAAGAUAAAUGAUCUUGCAGCAUUGCUUUGUGUUGAUGGAGGGGGUAGGGGUAAACCACAUUUGGCUGAAAACUGUAAAUUGUUGAUGGUAGUUAUGCAGGGAUGCAUAACAGAUCAAAUGAUCCUCUAAAGUGUCUAUUAGAUAGGCAAUAAAGAACUACAAUGUAGCUGUGUAUCAUCUUUUAGCUGACUAUAAAUCAUUUUGUUUAAAAAAAAAAAAAAAAAAGCUGUGCUCUUUUUCAUGUGAUGCCUUUUUAAUUUAUUUAAGCUUUACCUACAAUAUGUGAAUCAAAUGGCCUGAUACAUACCUGGACCUUAUGACUGCAAAAUGGCCUUUCAGAGUUAUAUGAUACAACCCUUCUUUCUCUAAAAGUGAAUAAUGCACUUCAAGGCAGUACGAACUCAUGAAGCCCUUAAAGCACAGUUGUAACUACCUGUAAAAUGAUGAUGAUUGGUUUUCAUACAAUCAUACUUGUAUGACAUGAGUUAGGUGAUGGCAUUUUUUGUCAUGAAAAGAAAUAGAGUAAAUCACAGAUUUUUUGCCAAAGCUCUUAAUUUUCUGUCCUAAAUAUCUUCAGAAAAACAAAUGCAAGUAACUGAACUUAAAUGUUUGAUCCAUCCUUUCACUACAUUUCUCCAAAUAAACGUACCAUAGUUUGUAACAAAAAAUAUAUAUUGACAGUUACCCUAUUACGUUAAUUCCAAUUACAGAACAAAUGUGAAUAUUAUAUUCUGUGUCGAAGUGAUGAGUUUCAGAUUUAAUACACUGUAUUUUUAAAAGGGAAAUGCACUUAAAUAAAACUGUUAUUACAAAAAGCUAAGAUGAAAAAUGCAAGAGUUUUUAAUAUGCUGUAAAACCGGUAGAAUAUUUAAAAGAAACUCCACAGCUGAAUAAUCAAUGUAAAUAUUUUCUUUAAAAGUUGUAAGUUUUCAUAUCAUGUGUUGUAAAGUUUUCAUAAAUGAGGCUUUAAUGUAAACACUGGUAACAUGAAUUAUUAAUUGCUACAUUGCUUAUUGUGUUUUUAUGCUGUUUUAUACUUUUUUAUGAGUUACGAUAGCAGCAAUUAAGUUGUUUGUAUUUUGCUUAUCUAAAAUAAAUGCUUUUAUCUUGCUAUAGAAUAAACACAUUUCAGUAAAACUGA